UGUUAUAACAAGUCAUACAAAUUCUAUUGCAAAGUAAAACUAUAAUUUCAAAAAGAGUUCAACGCAAACAUAGUGGCAAACAAUUAUUCCAAUGUUUUAUCCCCAAAAUUCUUUUUUAACUUUAACUGGUUAUUAGGAAGUUUGUCAAUGUUAUAAAAUAAAUCAACCAAAUAACAAACUUCGUUACCCUAAAGCAAGUUUCGGCUCCAAAAUAUAAAUAAAACUUUUUCAUCUCUUUCGAAAAUGAACAGGUCUAAAGGACAGAUAAGAAAUGACAGAGACAACAAUAGUAGUUCAAGUUCAAUGAAAUAACAAAACGAAGCCAACCACAACAAACGAACUAUUAACAGCACUGUCGUCAACGCUGUUGCCGACAUUUCAAUGUUAACAAAAAAUUCGUUUACACUCGGAAUGUUGUCUCGUCACUGCCGAAGUCGACUCCUCAUGACCUCAACUAAAUUACAGCGAUUUAGUAUGUUUCGGGAUCUGAAAUGUAUCGGUCGAGGAAGUGUCAUUAGAAAUCAAGCGAAAUUUCCCACGAAAUUACAAUUUCAGCUGGAGAAUUUUUUAAUCUACUCUAAAAAGAUAAAAACAAAAUUAAUGUGGAAAAUUAAAAGGAAUAUAUAUAUAUAAAUAUAUACACAAAAUUCAAAAAUAAAAGAAACGCAAACAAUAAAUAUAUUUAAAAUCAGUCAACAUCAAUUAAAUGUUUUGUAUUAAAUAGGUCCAAAAAAAUAAAUUGUUUAAUAAACAUUUAAUUAAAAUAAAAAUUAAUAAAUAAAAAAUUGCCAACAUUACGUAAAUAUUACAUUAAUUUAUGUGAAUAAAUAAUGAAAUGCCAAAAAUGUCCGAUUAAAUGUUAAUAAUUAUAACAUAAUUUGUAUAAUUAGUGAUGCUCAAAAUUGGGCAAUAUUGUUAAAUGUUUGUAGCUCAAUCGAUUUUUAACGCUUCAUUUGUAUUUAACAAUGGAAAUUGAUGCCCUUGAUAUAUAUUUGCAAAUAAAUUUAGCGCAUGUCAAAUUGGAGAUUUUUCGAAAAUAUACUAUGUAAUCGUCAUAAUUUUAAAUCCACAUUUGUUCAAGUAAAUAUUCAACAUUUUUAUUGCGUUUUAUAUACCGUUUAUUAUGCAUCGCCCAAAAAUAUUUGCUUCCAAUAAAGAUUCCAUGGGAAACUGCACAACAAAUUGUAAUAAAUCAUGCGAUAAGUGACGGCAAAUUGUAAAAUAAUUAGAUAUGAUAUAUAAUUAGAAUACAUAUGUAAAUGUUUCACAUGAUUAUAAAAUUAUAUAAUAUUACUGUCAAUGGAAAUAAAAAUGAAUUUAACUAUGUUAACAUACUUAAAUCAGCAGAGAACUUAAAUCAAAGCUGUUGUGAAAAUCUAUUUUGAAUGUCAAAUUAUGAGUAAACCUAAAAAUGCAAAGUAUUAAAAAAAAUACAAGUAGAAAACGCUGACAAAAAUUCGAAUUAACUAGCAAAGUUUUUAAUCUUCAACCUACAAAGCACACACGAAAAGCACACUCGACAGUAAUUAAAGAGUGUAGCUAAGACUUUCGGCACUUUCCAAAAAAAACACUCUUUGUGCGGCAACGAGGUUUUAACAUUAUGUGCGUCCGGCUUAUGCAAUUGACGCCUGUAACAUUAUGGAAGAAGCAGUGUCGACAAAGGUGGCAUAAAAGGCAGGAAACGGAAGCAACGCAAAGACGAGCAAUUAAACAACUGCUUCAUAGUGUGGGCACAAACAUAUCAGAAACUGAAGAUGAUGAUGAUAUUAACGAUAGCGACAGCGCUCGAUAUAAUCACAGCAAAAGGAAAAUCCACUUUUUUACCUACACCCUUUUCUGAGUGGGAGCAACAAGAACCUGUUAAAUAUAUAACCACCCUCACCCACACAUUGCUCUUCUCUCUUCCUUGCUCACUGCUGAUACUGCUGAUCAACUUAGUGGAUUCCUCUAAAGCAGCGGAUGUUAAUAACCUCACAUUCAAUAUUAGCAGAACGGAACUCUUAUUUCGCGUUAAUCAGACAAGAAACGUUACAAAUGAACCAGCUACUACUGCAUCGUCGUUGAUCCAAAAGAACAACAACGAAUUGGAGACUGCCGACGGCGAUUACACGAGUGAAUAUAUCUUUGAUCGCACCGAUAUUCGGAUUAUAUUCAUCAUACUUUAUACCCUUGUAUUUUGUUGUUGCUUUUUUGGCAAUUUACUUGUAAUAUUGGUAGUAACGCUUUCCCGUCGCCUGCGAUCUAUAACAAACUUUUUCCUGGCUAACUUGGCAUUCGCCGAUUUUUGCGUAGGUCUCUUUUGCGUUAUGCAAAAUCUGUCAAUCUAUCUUAUAGACAGCUGGGUCUUUGGAGAGUUUCUUUGUCGUAUGUAUCAAUUUGUCCACUCCCUGAGCUACACUGCGUCCAUAUUUAUUCUCGUUGUCAUAUGUAUGGAACGCUAUUUUGCCAUUGUCCAUCCAAUAACCUGCAGGCAAAUUUUAACUGCGACACGAUUAAGAAUGGUUAUUGUCAGUGUAUGGAUUACAUCGGCGGUGUAUUCUACGCCGAAAUUUGUAUUCAGCAAAACUAUAAAAAAUAUUCACACUGAGGAUGGUCAGGAGGAGGAGAUUUGUGUGUUAGAUCGUGAAAUGUUCAAUUCCAAAUUACUGGAUAUGAUUAACUUUGUACUUCUCUACGUAAUGCCCUUGCUAGUAAUGACUGUGUUGUAUAGUAAAAUAGCCAUCGCAUUGUGGCGCAGUUCACGUGGCCUCACCCCGCAUAUGUCCCAGCAGCACCAACCAUCUAGUGAAGAAAAUAGCAUGAGUCUACAUAACAGCAUGUACCAUCGCCAUACCCAUAAUUACCAUUCUACUCAUUAUCAUUCGCACUCUCACCUUCAUGAACUUCAUAAUCUGCCGACGGGAGUUGGACCCACAAUGGCAGCUGGCGAAGCAUCACUCGCUUCCACUAGCAAUUCCCAGUGUUUGUCACUUCAAAAUAGUGCUAAAUAUGAAAAGCGUGACGUCAGCAUCGCUGAAAGUCAGUUAUUCGAACUAUUUUCACUGUCACUUUUUCGGUGUGUUCGCAGCAGGUACAUUCGCAAAAUGUUAAAAUGUUAAAAUUUAAAGAACAAUAAUAAGGGGAGUCCCCCCAUAGAACUAAUCCACAAAAAUUUCGAGUUGUGACCGAAAUUUAAAUUCAAAAUCAAUGUUGCUACCAGGCAGCAGUGAGCAUGAAAGAGUUAACACUCUCGUUCUUAUACGGUUUUUUGAUAAAUGCCACCAAAUCCAUUUAAAAUUUGAUAUUAUAAAAAAUUUCCUAUUACGUUUCAAACCCUUUUGAAUUUUUAAAAAGUUUAAGCUUUAAAUUACAUAUACAUAUGUAAUUCUCUGGUAAAUGUCGCGUGCGAACAGCUUUACAGUGACCAAAAAAAACGUAAACUAAAACAAUUUGAAAAAUAAGUGAAGGUUAUUCUUAAAGAUUUGGAUUAGCACUAUUUUUAGAGCUAAGAUUGAUUUUAGGAACUUGUUCUGUCUUACGAUAAAAUAUAUACAUAUGUAAAUGCUUUAAUUUUUUGGUUUUGCGUACGAAUUUGUUAAUUUUUGCAAUUAUCAGAACAGAAAAAAAAUUCCAAAACCAUUCUUAACUCUAAUUAAACUACUAAUCUAGAGCUAUAAAAAUAACAUUUUCUUAUUUUUGAAAUUGUUUCAGAAUAUGUUUUUUUUUUGUCACUGUAAUAUGUAUGUCAAGUAGCUUUUUUUAAAUUAAUUUGAUCUCAUAUACAUACAUAUGUAUAUAGUUGGUUUUGAAUAAUUUUGAACAAACGUUUAAAACGUUAAUAAUAACAGAUCAAAUUUAAACAAUAACAAAAUA